CUUUUUUUGUGAAUAAAAACAUUGAUGUAUCAAACAAGACAGUUUACAAAGAGAAGGCCUCGAUCUCCUUUAUUACAUCAGCAGCAGGCAGUAGAUGGCUUACAGAUUGGUGUGAAUAAGUCUCAUUUUCCUCAAAAUGGUUUAGCCAUUCAAAGUAAUGCUCCUAUUCAUACAACACGAUCUUUUACACCUACAAAAAACGAGAUUCAUGAUGAACAUGAACAUAACCCCAUUACCAACCAAGCCUUGACUUAUCAAAAUAGUCAUCUUUACCAAUCGACAAACUUUGAAACGCAUCAGCCUUCAGAUAAUCAAGCUCAUAAUCAUUCUCAACAAGAUAGUCAUGCUUAUCAUUAUGACCAUUUGCAUAAUGAUUAUGGCAAUAGUACUCACAACCAUCAUAGUCAUGAGAAUAUCGAUACUAAUCAUCAUGAACAUCAUGGACACCAUGAACAUCAUGGACACCAUGGACAUCAUGAACACCAUGAACAUCAUGAACACCAUGAACACCAUCACUGUGGCGAUGCUCAUACAAAAUUUUCUCAAGUUUAUACCCAACCUUUGCCUUCAUAUUCAUCUAUAUUUAUGUCCUUAGUUCCAUUUCAAAAGACCCUUUUUACUUACUUUUUAGGUCAAAUGGUGCUUGGUAUGAUUAUAUGGUAUUUAGGUGUAAAUCGUGAAAGUUUAGCUAUUGUUGGUUUUUCAUAUCUUACUUUAUUUGAUGCAUUUGGUACUCUAAAUACGUUUGUAUCAAGUGUACUUCAUUUGAACCCAGCAUUUACGACCAUUUGUACAAAAAGACCUUUUGGCGUUAAACGAUUUGAAAUUAUCUUUGCCCUUGUUAAUACUAUCUUUUUAUUAUUUGGAGCAAUGUAUACUACAAAGGAAUCGUUAGAGCAUUUAUUAUUGGAAGAGCAUCAUAAUGAGGAACAUCAUAGAGCAGAUAGUAGUUCUGUUUCAUCCUUUAGUUUAUUAGUGUUGCUAUUAAUAGCUAUUGGAGCUUCUUUUACGACUAAUAUUAGCUUUGAAAAUCAUGAAAAUUUGGUUCGGCUCUUAAAGAAAAUACCCCAAAUCUCACAAGAAUAUUCUUAUUUUCAAAUAAGAGGCUUAUCCAAGAUAAACAAACAUACUAUUAAUAAGCUUUUAAAGAAUGUGUAUUCGUCUUCUAUCAUCAUUACUGGAUGUUUCCUGUUCAUGGUCAAUUUGUUUAGCUUAUCUUCACCAGCUUUAGAUAAAUGUUUAGCAAUUACAGAGGCAAUACUGAUGCUCUAUCUUGGUGUAAUGACAGCUACAGCAUUAAUUAAAAUAGUGUUGCAAACUACACCUGAUUCUAUGAUUACAACUAUAGAGCAGAAUAUUCGUUUAAUUCAACAACAAGUCCCCAAUGUGAUAUCUGUUGACAAAGUUCAUUUCUGGCAGACUGCAUAUGGUAAAGAUAUCGGCACAGUCGAGAUCAAAGUUAGACCUGAAGCAGAUGAAGACGCAGUUAUCAGUGCUAGCUUUGAUAUUUUGGAGCCUCUAAUUAGGGAAAGUAAUGGUGAAUUAACCAUCAGUGUAUCAAAAAAAUGAUUCAUCUAUUGUACUGUUUAUUAUUCCAUUCCAUAAUCUAGAUCUAGAUACAUAUAUUUUUUUUUUCAAAAAUUAAUAAAGCCUUUUUUUUUU